AUGGAUUUCCUCAAAUCAGCCGUAGCGUCCGCCAUCGCAAAAGGCACAGGGCAACCUUUCUCUCUUGGCGAUAGAGUGGACAUCGGCGACUCAGUUUGGGCACUGCACAACGGCACGAAACGGGAUGACGGUUCCUCCUGCAGUGUGUUCUCUUUCGAUAUCAACGCGAACAAGUCGCGCCUACCGCUAGCAAAAAAUGCUGCCCGCAAGUUCAGGACGCUACGGCACCCCGGUGUGAUCAAGGUCUUGGAUACCAUUGAGACGGAAACGAACCUGUAUAUUGUUACCGAACGAGUCGUGCCACUUUCCUGGCCCGUGAAACGGAGGAGUUUGAACGAAGAGACCGCAAAAUGGGGGUUGUAUACUGUCGCGUCUACUCUCAAGUUUAUCAAUGAGGACGCCUCCUCCGUUCACGGCGCCGUACGCGCAUCAUCGGUUUUCACAAGCGAGAGCGGCGAAUGGAAGCUCGGAGGAUUUGAAAUUCUGAGCUCCAUGAAGGAGGAUGAUGCUAUUAUAUAUACAUACGGAAGCAUUAUGCCCGAUGCUGCACGCUUCACUCCCCCGGAGGUUGUGAGAGGUGGCUGGGAUACUAUUAAGAGCCACCCUCUCACAGCAGUUGACGCCUACGGGCUGGGAAUCUUAAUAUUCGAGGUCUUUAAUGGUAACUUUUCUGGCGGCGAUCAAGUUGGCAAGACGACAAACAUACCUCCAAGCAUGCAACAAAGCUAUAAGCGACUUUGCACUGCUAACCCGAAGCUACGCUUGAGCCCUGGUCAUUUUGUUGAACAGGGAAAGAAGCACGGUGGUUUCUUCCAGACGCCGCUUAUCCGCAUGACUGAGGAUAUCGACAGUUUAGGACUGAAGACCGAUGCUGAACGUGAAGAGUUUAUCAAUGAGCUUGAUGGCCUGUCCGAAGACUUCCCUGAAGACUUCUUUAAGAUGAAGUUGCUUCCAGAACUUCUCAAAUCCGUCGAGUUUGGAGGUGGUGGGCCCAAGGUCCUCAGUGCUACUUUGAAGAUUGGAUCCAAGUUGUCGGCAGAUGAGUUCAAUGCUAAAUUGACUCCUGUUGUUGUGCGCCUCUUCGGAAACCCUGACCGAGCUUUGCGAGUCUGUCUUCUGGACAACUUACCUUCCAUGAUUGACAACCUCCCUCAGAAGGUCGUCAAUGACAAAAUCUUUCCUCAGAUGACUUCCGGUUUCACCGACGUCGCUCCUGUGGUUCGUGAACAGACCGUCAAGGCUGUUCUUACCAUUAUUAACAAGCUCAAUGAUCGUAUUGUGAACGGAGAACUGCUGAAGUUCCUCGCACGCACAGCCAAUGAUGAGCAACCUGGCAUCCGCACGAAUACAACGAUUUGUCUUGGGCGGAUUGCUAAAAACCUGGGACAAAGUACUCGCUCCAAGGUACUUAUCGCAGCAUUCACGAGAUCUCUCAGGGAUCCCUUUGCGCACGCUCGGGUUGCAGGACUGCUUGCUUUAUCCGCGACAAUCGAUGUGUUCACAGAGGAUGACUGUGCUGCAAAGAUUCUCCCUGCCGUUUGUCCUUCACUUCUGGAUAAGGAAAAAUUGAUUCGAGACCAAGCAAACAAGACCCUUGACAUAUACAUCCAGCGAGUCCGAAAACAUGCCAACACUAUGGUCGACACCGUCAUCCCACCCACCGCACCAACAGAAGCGAAACCAGACGUCCGCGUCGCAACUCCCAACGAAAGCUCCUGGGCGGGCUGGGCCAUCUCAUCCUUCACAAACAAAGUCGCAGCUGCCAACGGCGAGAUGGAAUCAACAGCUAAUGGUAGCAAACCCGCCGACCCAGAAACAGCUCGCUCGGCAUCCGUCCCCCGCCCUGCUAAAUCCUCCCCAUCAACUCAGCUUGAUCUGCCAAGACAAGUUCUCCGCCCUACAGCUCAGCCCUUGAACAGAUCAAUGUCGGACCGCCCCGCCCCAGCAGUCCACUCACCUGAACCAGAAGACGAUGGCGACGACGUUUUCGAUGCUUGGGGAGCAAUGGACGACGAUGAGGCCGAAGAAGAUCCAUUCACUGCGGCUGUCACCUCUCCCAAACCCACAUCACCUGCUCCGACAUCAACAACAGCCUCGAAGGUCCCAUAUGACGAUGGAGGCGAGCCAGACUUUGCCGGCUGGCUAGCAGCAAAGAACCAAACAAAGGCUAAGAACCCCCUACCGAAGGGUCUGACCAAGGCUGCAUCUACCAACAAUGUUACUACACGAUCUUCGGCUGCAAGCACAGUCAAGCCACGCACUUUGGUUGCGCCUAAGAAGAUUGACACUAAGCCCAAAGACGAAGAGAUUGACGAUGACUGGGGUGAUGCGUGGGAUUGA